AGUCAUGGCUCUGCUAAUUAAUCUUUCGGUUCAUUCUUCGCUAUUUUUCCUUCUUUUCCACCCGUUUCUCACACUUUGCAUUUGAUUUCUUUUCCAUUUAGUGUAGUCUUUGUUCAAUUUUCGAAAAUUCCAAAAUUAUUUUUGCCUUUUUUUUCCCUCCAGUCAAACCCUAAUCUAAAUGAGGGGUUUUUGCUCUGAAUCCAAUGAGAGUCUUUCUGCUGUUGAUCUGGUGCUGCCUAAAGAUAAGGAUUCGAAUGCUUCAGUCGAAAGGAUCUGAGCCUUCAUCGAUAAUGGUUUGGUUACUGGCAAAUCGAAGGAGUUGUGCUUGAUCUCUAACGCCGGAACUAAUAUCGAUCUUUGUAGAUUCAACAAAUCGAAUCGAUCAAGCCAUGCUUAUGGGGUUUCUAAUUAGAGGAGAAAGCUCAAAUCCUUCCUGGGCAAUGGUUUGGGGGAAGGUGAAUCGCUGGCGGUAUGUUUGGUUACCUGCGCCGCUGGAAGGGUUUUCUCUACUGAUUCGAUGAAUCAGUUUGCGUUUAUCACUAGCCUGAGCAGGAAACAGGAGGUUUCCUUCAGUGCCACUUUCCCAGAUUUCCUGAUCGACGAGUUGAGAUUUUCAGCAAUCAAAUAUGAAGAUGCAGUUGAGUGGUCAAACAGUAAGUGACUAAAUCAGUGGCUGUUAGGUAAAAGACAGUAAAGCAGAUUAGUUACGGGUAAUCGGGUAAGGUUUUUAUUUUUCAUUUUUUAUCUUCCAAAUUUUCUCUGCUUAAAAGUGUGGCCUUUUCUCUUCUAAAGAGCUGAUUUCAAAACUUACGGGGGCAAAAAAUUUUGCGCAUCCUAAAGUGUAAAUUUUUUUAAGUUCGCUCACCCCCUCCCUCCACCCCUGUAUUCCUUUUUUCAAAAUUCUGGUGAAGCACUUAUUAAAGGCCUCUGUGAUAUGGAGGGAUUGAUGUUCAUGGUUGCUGAUUCAAUUUUUGAUGUUAAUUCUGAGGUUAAUUGUACGAUGGCAAUGACCAUUUUAGGUUUUGGUGGCUGUUAUGACGAUAAGGUUGCCUAAUUAGAUGA